UUGGAGAAAAAAAUGACCAUAGAGUUGAGAGCAGGACGUGUCGCUGCAGAUCAGAAAGCACUUGCACAAGUUUCGACAGUCUCGAUGGGAGGAUGAGAUGGUUGUUUCUAGUGAGCUGUGCUGCUAGAUCGUUUUUUGCCGGAUCGCUCGCUUUCAGUGCUGCUUGCCAGCUAGAAACGGUCAAUCAGGAUCUGCGGCAUUUACAGUACAUUCGUUUCCUGGGAAAUCAAGAUUUAAAAAUCAGUGUUUUAACACGUGAAUGCUGGAAGUGAUUUAAGUGAAAGGAUCCAGCAUGGCACUGCCAAACUGCUCUCCUGCCCUUACUUGUAUCGUCAUUUUUGGAUUUUACCCGUCGUUUUGCACCAAAGGAGGUUUCUGGCAUUCGACAGUGUUGGAUGAUCAGGGGAAAUACCACAUGAAAUGGAAACAUAAUGAAAGCAGAAUUACCUUUGAAAUUGAAGUGGAAACUAGAGGCUAUAUUGGAUUCGGACUAUCUCCCAAUGGAGCAAUGGCGUUAUCAGACAUUGUAAUUGGUGGAGUGGAGCUUGGGAAACCUUAUAUACAGGACUAUUUUGUAAGCACGAGCAGACAACUCCGCAAAGACGAUCAGCAGAAUUACCAUCUGGAGUACGCAAUGGAGAAUAAUACACACACUGUCCUGGCUUUCAGCAGAGACCUCCACACAUGUGACAGAAAUGACAAGCCCAUUACGGAGAGCACUGUGAGAGUGAUAUGGGCCUAUCACACUGAGGAUUGUGGAGCUGCUGGACCACAAUACCAUGGAGUAAACAGGGGAAGGAAGAGCCUGCGGUUACUCAACCCUGGGGGUCAUACAGCCGCCCCCUCUGAGACGGCUUCCUUUGACUUAAGAAACCUUAAUGUUCCAGUGCCUUUUAAGGAUACAACCUACUGGUGCCAGUUGUUUAAAUUCCCAGAACUUGACAGAAAACAUCAUGUCAUCAGAAUUGAGCCUUUGAUUCAGACAGGACAUUCCAAUCUGGUUCAUCACAUCUUGCUGUAUCAGUGUGAUAGUAAUUUAAAUGAGAGUCAACUCGAUAUUGGUCAUGAAUGCUACCAUCCCAACAUGCCAGACUCUUUUCUCACAUGUGAAAGUGUUGUCUUUGCCUGGGCAAUAGGAGGAGGGGGUUUUACUUAUCCACCUCAUGUUGGGCUUUCCAUUGGUACCUCAAUAGAUCCUGUCUAUGUCCUGUUGGAGAUACAUUAUGAUAAUCCAACACGCCAGCGAGGUUUAACUGACAGCUCCGGCCUCAGAUUUUUCUACACUCCUGUGCUGAGGGAAUAUGAUGCAGGUGUCAUUGAGACUGGAGUAUGGGUCAGUCUUUACCACAUGCUUCCACCAGGCUUACCUGAAUACAUCUCGGAAGGCCAUUGUACCAUGGAAUGUCUCCAGGAGGCACUAGAUCAUGAAAUGCCAGCAGGAAUCCGAGUGUUUGCUGUUCUUCUCCAUUCUCACCUUGCUGGUAGAGCCCUGCGAGCAAGGCACUUCAGAAAAGACAACGAGCUGCGUCCCUUGGCUUAUGACAACGAGUUUGAUUUCAAUUUUCAGGAGUUUCAGUAUCUCAAAGAAGAAAGACUCAUAUUACCGGGAGAUAAUUUGAUCACUGAAUGCAAGUAUAAUACCAGAAAUCGGAAAAAUAUGACUUGGGGUGGAUUAAGUACCAGGGACGAAAUGUGUCUGUCGUAUCUCCUGUACUACCCCAGAAUCAAUCUGUCCAGAUGUGAAAGCCUUCCAGAAAUUACAGGGCAGCUUAAAUUUAUUGGUGUGAAGGAGAUAUACACACCUGUCACGACCUGGCCAUUUAUAAUCAAAAGCCCUAUGAAGUAUAAUAACCUCUCCUUCAUGGAAGCCAUGGAUAAAUUCAGGUGGUCCAAGAAAAAGGGAAAGGCCUUCAAUGACGUAGUUCAUCGCCUGCCAAUCAAUGUGAGAUGUGCCAAACACGAUCAGGAUGAGUGGUCGGUUCAAGGCAUGAUUGUGUCUCCACCUGAAAUAAAGAGGCCAACCAGCAUUUCUCCAGUCCCAUGCAGUAGAGCAUCAGAACAGCACUGCAGUCCAGCUCUCCUUAUUUUCACCUACUUUGUGUAUUUAAUCAGCACCUGGCCAGGAUUGUGCCUAAAUCCAGGUGACAUCUAGCACUUUUCUGUGGGCACUCCAUUGUUCUGAUCUUAUAAUCGAAGCAGUUAAGGAACACUGAAGGUGAAACAGAUCGAAAGACAUUACAAACAUGAAAAUAAGGGCUUUGCAGUUCACUCUGUUAUUUUCUAGAACAUAGGGGGCAAUCGUUUUGUGCAUUCUCAAAAAGUACUGCAGGCUUGUUUGAUAAGCAUCCCUCUUCUACUUGACUAAAAUAUUUAUGUGACCCUAAGUCUAACAUUCAGUCGUGAGGUUUUUUCCCUCUGUUGGAAAAUAAAUUCUGAGAAAUAUGAAACAUGAACUAAUACUGAUACUAAGCAUAAGCCAUUAAGGAACUAUUUGUAUGAAAGUACUGUCAGAAUACUUUGUGUGACAUACUGUAAGCAAAAUAUACUGAAUGAUACAAAACAUCCUCAAAAGACAAUUGACAGAACAUUCCUGGAAUGUUCCUUGAAGUAUAAUGUUUUGAUAAAGUAGAAAGAUAUUUUUUCACUUUAUUCUAUAUUUUUAAAACUUUUAAUAAAUGUAUUACUUUAUUAUGUGGAUUCAGUUGUCAGGUAAAUCUAAAAUUAUGUAUUAAAAAAGAUUUUUGUAA